UUUUUUGAGGCUUGUCCACAUCGAAUCCUCUUGCUUUCACGUUCUUUAACCAAAUCCUAACCUUAAAGCAAAUUAAUCUAUAAACAAACAAGGAAUCUCUCUCUCUCUCUUUUUCAAGCCAAAUAAAGAACGAAACUUCUUUCAUCAAGGUCUCUCCGUUUUUUCCCUCAACUCAAUUCCAGUGUAGAGCUCAUGGACGAAUCCCCAAAAGAUCACCCCGGAAGCGCAGUCAGAGUCGGAACUGCCAGUUUCGACUAUUCAUCAUCAACCACAAGCGUCCACGUCACCGCUUUGGAUGGUAUUGUCAACGUCAACUCUCUCUUCACCAUCGCUGUGUUUGUGGGGCUUUCAUUGACUACGCCUGGACAACAGAGCCUGGAGCCCACCUCAGCUUGCAAUGCUAGCAUUGACAUUGCUAGAAAUCUUCUGGUGUUCGAGGUUGUGUCCUUCAGCUUCUUUCUCUUCUCGUCUUUAGUUGCUCAAGGUUUGAAACUGGCUCUUAACUUGAUCAAUAGUAAGAACGUGGAUGAAGCUUUUAAAGCCCACAUUAAUAUAAAUGUUUUGAGGUUUGGGAUGUUGGCUUCAGCGACUGGGUCGGUGAUGGGUUGCUUGUUUUUGAUGCUUUCAAUUAUUAAUGUUAUUCAGAUCCGGUUGGGGACAUUGGGUUGUGGGAGUAAAUCUACCAUUCAUGCUGUUUCUACAUUGCUUGUUUUGGUUACUUCUGCUCUCAUUGUUUAUAUUUCCACUGUUGUUUUUGCUUUCUUGCAUUAGAAAGUUUUUUUUAAUGUAUGUUCUGUAAGUUUAUCCAUGGGGAUUUAUGUAAUUUAAAUGUAAAAAGAUUGUUAGCUACUCUAGCUGCCUCAAUACAGUUGAAAUUUUGAUGGUC